UGUGGUGGGGGGCGCUCUCGCCUCACUUCCCAGCCUGUUAUUUUUGUGUUGAGGUUGAGUUGAGCGAUACAGCUGCAGUUCUCUCAGUUAUUUUCUGUCUCACGUUACAUCCACUCGGAUCCGGACCCGCCACACUGUGAGCAGCGCAUCAACACACCCAGCACCAUGGAGUACACAAUCCGCGCAGCCAACGUGGAGGACUGCAAGGACAUCGCGCGGAUGAUCAGGGAACUGGCUGAACAUGAGAAAGUUGCAGACCAUGUGAAAGUCACACAGAGAGACUUGGAGCAGGACGGCUUCUCCAAAAACCCGUUCUUCCACGGGAUCAUCGCUGAGGUCCCAGAACAGCACAAAACCAAAGGAGGCCAUACCAAGAUAGGCUACGCACUUUACUUCUAUUCCUACAGCUCGUGGAUAGGCAGAGCUGUUUACAUGGAGGACUUGUAUGUGAUGCCUGAGUUCAGAGGGAAGGGCAUCGGUAAAGCACUUAUGAGCAAGGUAGCCCAGCUGGGCCUGGCUGCUGGCUGCAGUCAGCUCAACUUCACAGUCCUGGACUGGAACAAAUCAUCUCUAGACUUUUAUCUCAGCCAGGGCUGCUUCGAUAUCACAGCUAACAUGGGCUACCACUGUAUGCGCUGCAAGGGGGAGGAGCUGGAGCGCCUGGCCCAGCCCUGACCCAACGCUGGACUCAAGACCUGUGCAACAAUGAGGUCAAUGCAGGGAUGCAGUUUCAAAUAUUGGAAUGGGCCCUAUGCAGUACAUUUAAAUAGCGCAUAAGUGAGGGACUGAAAUCUGUGUUUUCUCUUUGUCCCUUGUGAUGUGUCAUGACCCAGAGCACCUUUGAUUUUGGUGUUAAAAGGACCAGAUAGUCUAACCUUUUUUUGCUUACAGUGUUAAAACAAAUGGUACAUAUGUGGGCAUAAGAAAGGUGUAACAGGAGUGUGUUGUGUAUGUGGUGGUGGAGUGAAGGAGACAAAAAGAGAAGGUGGCAUCCAGUUUAACAAUUCAUUAUCCAGAAAAGACACCCUUUCCUCUGCAGAAAAAUCCAGAAAAGCUUUACACACUUGCAAAGAUGUAUGUAUCAUCGCACGACUGUUGCAAAAGAGUGAGUUUUGGGUAUCUUAUCCCUUUAAAUAAACUAUGACAACAGUAACCAAAGAGUCAGUCACCUCUCCCCUCGUCUUCCAGAUGGGAAGUACUUGUAAAAGCUGCUGUGAAGCACAACAUUGGUAUUUGCACUGUUUCCUUCCUUUUAAGCUAUGUAUGCACUGAGUUGUGAUGGAACAGCGAAGUAAAGGAAUCAUUUGAACGCAACCUAAACCCACUUUCAUGUAGCCAAACAACUUGGGGCUGGUUUCUAAAAGUGGAUGAAGCUGACAUAAACGAUCCAUCUGGUGGGAUUGAAAAAAUAAAAGUCUUGGACUGGG